CGUGCCUGUCCUAGCCGACGACCUACGCCAGCGCCCGCCCGGCGCCUCCUGCUUCUUCCGUCAUAUCUUUGUUGUUCUGUUUUCGAAGGUUAAGGUUCGGAGGAAAGACGUGCUUUCCCGGUGGGCCUUUUCGGCACCAUUCUUUUUAACCGCCCUUUAUAGACUUUUCGACGCCGCCCUUGUGCUGUCCUAUCGACCUUAUGAACCUCGGGUCGCCAGGCCCGGUUCAGUAUCUGCCACGUAUACAGUUACUAUUACGACCUCCAGAUCACACCAUACGCCACUUGUUUAUAUAUAUCUUGGAUCAUUAGUUCAUGUCGCCGCUAGGCGCGUGGUGCAGUAUUUCGAACAAUGGCCCAGACCUCAGAGGAGCUGGCAGAUCAGUUUGGGGCAGCUGAUCCCCUCGUUCCAGACACCGGCAGCAUUGUCGGUAACUUUGUCCUCAACGCCACCGCCGAUAGCAUUAACCCUUCAUACCUAGACGUUAACUUCCCAUACGAUGAUCCCGACGGGUUACCACUACGAGACGCUAUCAUGGGCAGGCUAUCCGUAGCCUAUCCCUCGCCCCCCUCUCGAGAAUUUACAACUUCGGCGCUUAAGAACACGGAGUUCAGGAAUCAUAAGAGUCCUGGGCCGAGGGGAACAUUGAUGCAGAACGGCCCGUUGCUGACGAGGACCGACAGGGAUGAUCUGGACGGCUUCUUCGAUCUCUUUAACUCUGCUGCCUCUGUCAAUGCUGCAAGGUUUAGCGAAAACGGCAAUAAUUUAAAUAGCUGGAAUUUCCCGCCUGAUCUGCUGGACCAUACGGCGCAGUAUCCUGGGGCACCGAUAUUUACAGGCUCGGGUCUGCAGCAUGAGAACCCGCAACAACUUUCAACCCAGCUGGGGGAGCCAUACUUGGCCGAGGCAGUGUUUACACCGGGGGGCCAGUUUCAGACGCCACACCAUGCACAGAGACAAGAGCAUUCACCGCAUCAACAGCAACGACAGCAAUACUCGGCGCCACAACGGCAUACGCAGCUAGAGCGAACAACGUAUCCGCAACCGCCAGCUUCUCACUGGGCCAGCCAGCAUCAGGCACCCGACGUCCUUGCUGCUGCAUCUGUCCUGUCGCCCCCAGGCACCUCAGCCCUGCAUCAAAUAUCAUUCCUGCAUGGAAUGCCGGUGCCCGUACAGCCUGCAAGAAACAACUCUGUAGCUCUUGUGACGACUUCAUCUCCCAUGUAUCUCGCGGCUUCUGCGCCUCUUCUGGCCGUCUCUACCGCCGCCGAACACCAGCCCAUGCAAGCACAAUACCCUUUUGGCUACAGGACCGAAUCCCGCCACGGAUCGCUCAACUCGGAUCGGGACGAUAUCUUGGCACAGAUAAUGUGGGGCGCUCAUAACCUAGUCCCCGCUACACGGGCGCCGCCGCCUGUGGAAGUGCGAUAUGGCUCGGAUACGAGCUUCAACAGGCCGAACUACAUCCCGCAGUCGGCUGAAGAUUCGAGCGAGGCUCUUUCGAAGCAGCAGAUUUCGUAUCUUGAUUGCCUAACAGUCAAUAAAAGCGCCGUGACCACGCGGGCUUCGAGUCCGGUGCAAGCUGCAGGUUGGGCGGUGCCUCCUGGCUCCCCAAAAACCCAACACAAAACACCACGACGUCCCAAGCAUCGAACGCAUAGCUCUACAAACUUGGGCUUAGAAGUGCCCUUGCCCAAGCGGGUAAAGCGGCAGGAACAGGAACCCAGCGCGAGUGACGAGAGCGAGGAGGAAUACGAAGAAAAUGAAGGGCCAAAACAGACGGACCAGUCGCCGGCUAGGGGCAAGGCAAGAAGGCCGAGCAGGCCUAAGAAGACGACCAAGCCGAGAAAGACAAGCAAGUCGAUCAAGCUAGAAGACGCCGAGAAACCGGACGAAUCCAGGUGGGCCACGUCUCAGGAGAACCUCUUUGGCAGCAAAGCCCCCUCUGCCGGCCGGAAGCGGAAGUCUCGGACGGAAGGAGAGAGUGAAACGAGCUCACCCGCAGCCACUUCUGACUCACCGCAGAAAGAUGCGAAGCCCAGGUCACAGUCUCGUGCCAUUGCCAGCGCUGGCACGCCCGAGGUUCCCAGACGAGAAAACUUGACGCCGCAGCAAAAACGCGACAACCACAUAAAAAGCGAGCAGCGACGGCGGUCCUUAAUCAAGGAUGGUUUUGCUGAGCUUGGCAAGAUUGUUCCCCGGCUCAGCGGCGGCGGAUUCAGUAAAGCUAAUGUCGUCAACUACACGGCCGAGUGGAUCGAGGAGCUGAAGGAGGGCAACAUGAGGCUCCGGGAGCAGCUCAGACUCGCAACUCUACGUGAUGAUCCCGGACACGGCGAGGACGGGGAUGACGCCCCCGAGGCAGGUGCUGACGGAACCUAAGCUGAUGAAAGCUGCGGGCAACUGAUGAGGCUAGUUGUCGGUCAGGAAGGGGUCAAAGAAGAAAAAGUGCUAAAAAGGCGUUUGAUGCUUUAAGCGGGCUUGAGCGGCAGGCUCACGAAUACCCUGUCGGUACCAUAGCAAUGUAGUAAUAAUAUUUAACUGUAGACGGGGCGGGCAUGGGAGGCGAGUCCAUGGAGGUGUAGCAUUUUCGCGUGUUUGGUGUUAAGAGAGGGUUGAGCUGGGGCAAAAGGGGG